UUAAGAAAAAAAAAAACGUAAUAUAUAAUUAUUUCGUCGAAUUAUUAUUCAUUGCGAACAAAUGGUGAAUAAGAUGUCAAUUCAAAUUUCGCGCGUAUUUUAUAAAAAAACAACUUGUUCAAUUCAAUCACUCUUACGUUUGGUUACAUUUAUUCUACUUAAAUUAACAAUAUAUAUUAAAUAGAUCAUUAUUAAGAAAAAGAAAAUGUAAUAUAUAAUUAUUUCGUCGAAUUAUUAUUCAUUGCGAACAAAUGGUGGAUAAGAUGUCAAUUCAAAUUUCGCGCGUAUUUUAAAAAAAAAACAACUUGUUCAAUUCAAUCACUCUUACGUUUGGUUACAUUUAUUCUACUUAAAUUAACAUCAAAUUAUUUAAUCUUUUUAAUAAUAUUAAUAAGAAAACAUUAUCAAAAUUUAAUUAAUUAAUAUUAUAACAUAAAAAUAUAUUAAAAUAGUGUGUUGUGCAUAUAAAACAGUGUGUGUGUGUGUAUUAAAACGUGGUUCAAAUGUAAGGUUAUGUAUGAUGGUAUUUAACUUUUAUUAUUGACAGAUAGUUUUAAUGCAACAUGGAAGAAGAUAGACUGAUAAAAAGAAAACAACGUGUCAAACGUGAUGGAAAUUUACAACAGUUGGCUGAAAUUAUCAAAGAACUUGGUGAUUUGUAUUAUCAAACUGGAAAAUUAGAAGAUGCAUUAAAAGAAUAUCAACAACAAUUAGAAGUUUGUCAAAUUUUAAACGAUGAGUUGAAUACUGCAGUUGCACAUAGAAUGAUUGGUGAAACUUACACUGGUCUUGGUAAUUAUGAAGAUGCACUGAUACAUCUCAAUGAAUAUCUUGAGGGUGCCAAAAAGGUGAAGAAUUUGUUGGAAGAACAGCGUGCAUUUGCUACACUAGGAAGAACAUAUUUUUGUUUUGCUGAUACAUUACCUGAAGAAUCAGAUAAAAAAAGAGAUGUUUUAGUUGAUGCUAAGAAAGCAUAUACGAGGAGUAUUUAUCUUUGUAAUGAAUUAGAAAAUACAAAUAUUAAAUUAGAAGAAAUGAUGACAAUGCGUACAAGAUUACUCUUAAAUCUAGGCUUGGUACUAGAAGCUCAGAAAGAACCUGAACAAGCAAUAGAUCUUAUAGAAAAGGCAGCUGCAUUAUGUAAAAAACAUAAAUUAGAUGAAGAUUUACAUAGAAUCAAUAUUGCUUUAGCUACUAUUUAUGAAAAUCAAGGAAACACUGAAUUAGCAUUGCAACAUCUUGACGCUGCUGCGGAUGUAAAUAAUAUAUCGUUAAAAGCUGUAGCACGUCUUACCAAAAUAGAAUUGUUAUUGAAAAAUGGAAAAUGGAUUGAUUCACGUAAAAUAUUAGUCUCUUUAUAUUUAACCAAGGGAUUACCAGAUAACAUUAAUGAACAAGUUGAGAAAUAUUUAAGGAUUGUGGUAACAAUAUGUAGAAACGAAGAAAAUGUAAUUAUCGAAGAUGAUAUAUCUGUUAAAUUAAAAUUGUAUGAAACAUUAGGAGAUGCUGCAAUAGUUGUAAAUUCGUUUGAAAAAGCGAUUGUUUAUUAUCGAGAGAUGUUAAAAUGUGCUGAAGAUAUUGGAAGUGAAAAAAUAGGUGCAGCUUUAACAAGUUUGGCACAAACUUUGCGAGAUGUUGAUCGUUACGAUGAAGCAUUGCAAUAUGCUGUUAAAGAACUUGAACUUUGUAAUGAUCCACGUGAAAUUUGUAGAUCUGCACUCUUCUUAGCCGACUUACAAAUAGCAACUAAAUCAUCAUCCGAUGAUGAUAUUAAAAAAUCUUUUCAAUUAGCAUUGUCCACGGUGGAACAAUCCAAUGAUAAUAAACUUCAAAUAUCCGUGUUGAAAAAUUUUUUACAUUAUUUGAAAAAAAUUGAAGAUAAAGAUACUACAAAAAUAAUUCAAGAUAAAUUGAAUGCUUUGACGAAUCAUCUUAUAGAUGAUGAUGAUGAUGAUGAUGAUGAAGAAAACGAAAGUGAAGUAGAAAGUAUAAACAUCGGUGGAGAUAUUUGUUUGGAAGAUUUGUCAGAUGUGGAAAAUGAAAUAAAAUCUAAAGAAAAUAUUGGAACAACUAAACGACGUUUUAAACGUGGUCUCGCAGUAAGGAGAAAUGAGAAAGGAGAAACACAACUUCACGUUGCUUGUAUCAAAGGUAAUAUAGCAAGUGUGGAAAAAUUUUUAGAAGCGGGACAUCCAACUAACGUAAGAGAUCACUGUGGUUGGACACCUCUUCAUGAAGCUGCUAAUCACGAUUAUAUAGAAAUAGCUGAAUUGUUACUUAAAAAUGGAGCUAAAGUUAAUGAUCCAGGUGGAUCAUUGUGCGGUGGUAUUACACCUUUACACGAUGCAGCAUCAUGUGGCAAUUUAGCUAUGAUGAAUUUGUUAAUGAAAUAUGGUGCAAAUGUUAUUCUUAAAACUAAAGAUGGAGAUACGGUGUUGGAUUGUUUAGAAAAUUGGAAACAACGUGCUGGUGAUUUAUCAGAAAGUUUAUUAACAGAAUACGAGACUAUGUAUCACAAAUUAUUACCAUUGAUUCCAGUUAGCAUAAAAAAUACGAAAAAACCAUCUCCCAUUACGAAAAUUGAUUAUAAUAAAUUAAUAAGUGUUGAAACAGAUAACGAGGAAGUAGAAACUGUGAAAAAAAUAUCUGCUGGUGAGGAUUAUAAAAGAACGAUAGCUAGUUUAAAACACAGAGGUAGUUUGAUAAGACCUAUCACUAAUUCUAAGGAUAAAAGUAAAAUAUCUAAUCCCUUCGUUGAUACCAAAGAAGAUUUAGUUGACGACUGGUUAGAAGAUGACAUGGGCAUUAGUUCUAAAAAGAAAUGUUUAAAUGAUAGUUACAAUGUAACUAAUAAGAGAAAAUCAAAUAAUUUCAAUAUUGAUGACGAGGAGACAAAUAAUAUAUAUUCAAAACGAGCAAAAAUUCAUUCAGAUGACGAGGAGGAAGAAGAAGAAGAAGAAGAAAUAGAAAAUGAUAAUAUUGAAUUAAUAGACAGUGAUAAUAGUAAUGCAAGUAAAACAACUAGUCCUCUUCCUAACUCUCCUAAACAAUUUAGAAAAAAGAAGACUAAACAAAUAUCUCUAUUUUCUACUGGUUUUACGAAAAAUUCAAUAUCUCGUACUCCUUCACCAAUUUGUUUGAAUAGUUUUGAUAACACGUCUCAAUCAAAUAAUACAAUGUCAACUAAUCUACAAAUUUCUGUAAAGAAUAAAAUUUUUCAUUUAAAAUUAAUUCUACUCGAUCAAGAUAAGAACGAAAUAUUAAAAAACAUUUUAGAGGAUACAAAGAAAAAAUUCAAUGAUGAAACUGGAUGUAUAGUGGAGUUGGUUUUAAAGACAAUGGAUGGUGGUACAGUUUGUUCGGAUAAUGUGAUACAUAUUUUAAAAGAUAAUGAAAAUGUUAAAUAUUUCAAAUGUGAUAUCAUUAAAAUAGAAAUACCAUCUAUCGUGGAGAGGUAUAAAACCAUUUGCAGGACCAUUCAAUUAGUGCCAGAAGAGACAACGAUAAAAUGUCUUAAAUCGUGUGACAAUACUUCGGUAUUUCGUCUGAAAUCAGACGAAAGCAAAGAAAUGGAACUUGAACCUUUGCUCAAAGCUUUGGAAUAUCAGAAAAAUUUACAAGUACUGUAUUUAUCUGGUGGAAUAUUUCUCAACAGUGGUAACAUUUUGUCCAAUUGUUUAGAAAAUUUAUCACUUUUGCAAGAAUUAUAUUUGCAACGAUGCGACAUCGAUUAUAAUUGUUUAUUAAAGUUGAACAAGUUACCAGUACAAUUGAGAGUAUUGGAUUUUAGUUAUAAUCCAUUGGGACCUAAUUCCGAAGAAAUACUUCAUAAAUUAAUUGUACCAUUGAAAAAUUUACAAACGUUGAAUUUACGACAUUGCGAAUUAGAUCAUUUUAAAUUUACCAUUGAAAGUAACAAUCUCGUUAAUUUGGAUUUAUCGUGGAACUUUUUAAACGGAGAUAACAUUGAUUGUCAUUUUUUACAAAGACAAUUGGUACAUUUAAAUUUGUCAAAUACAUUGCAUCCAACGCGAAAUUCAUUUAUCACGGAUGUUAUCAAAAAUUCCAAAAUGUCGUCUUUCAUUACAUUAGAAUCACUUGAAUUAUCCUGUUGCGAUAUUAUUGACAAUGAUGUUAAAAUUAUACUUCAACAAGCACCAAAUUUAACUAAAAUAAUAUUCAAUGGUAAUUCAAAGAUUUCUUCAGUAUCUGUACAUAUGUUGUUGAAUCGUAGACCCACAUUAACACAUAUAGAUGUUAGUGGAUGUAAAACUAUUACAGAACCACCUGAUUCAAAUAUAACUAUAAAGAAUCCUGAAGUUUGUACAUUAAUUGUUAACAUGAUAUCUGAUAUAUGUCAGUCUUGGUUAAUUUUAUGGGAAGGAAGAGGCAUUGUACAUAAAUUACCCCACAAUCUUACUAUUUUUAAACCAACGUAGUUAAAAUAUGAAAAAUGGUAUAAAUACAGUUUCUAAUGGAUUGUAAAUUUAACUAUGCAUAUGUACAUUAUUAUUAUUAUUAUUAUU